GUAAAGUAUAAUUAGCCCUAUAAGAUGGUGUAUAUAUGUGUGUGCUUGUUUUUUCCAAAUUUGUUAUGAUGAAUAGAGAUAUAAUAUGAGGAGGGAAGUGACGAAGCCCUGACCACCACUAUAUACAAAAAGCAUCCAAAACAUGGCGGCCAAGUCUCUGCUUUUCCGCCCUAACGUCGCGGCUCUAUGUCUCUCCGGCAGCCGCUCCUUUCUAUGCCGAACGCCCUCGCUGCUGAUCAUGUCAACGUCGGCUACAACCCGCAACCUUUCAAGCAGUCGCUCGUUACUUACUCGGAGGCUUCCUCGUUCCUCUUCUGCUUUCGCAAUUAGGCGGGAUUUCUGCAUCCGAGCCACCGAAAGUUCCGCCCCCAUCGAAUCUCCUUUGAUGGAAACAAUGGAGAAGAAGAUCAAGGAGCAUUUAAGUGCAGACUCAGUUGUUGUUAAGGAUGCUUAUGGUGAUGGUCGCCAUGUGAGCAUAGAGGUGAUCUCUUCAGCUUUUGAGGGGCAAUCUGCAGUUAAUAGGCAGAGGAUGGUUUACAAGGCGAUAUGGGAAGAACUUCAGGAUAGAGUGCACGCAGUCGACCAGAUGAGUACCCGGACUCCAUCUGAAGCAGCAGCGGGGAAGUGAUGAAGCCGACUUUAUCAUCACUCAACCAAUGGGUCUCAAUAAAGAAUCAGAAACUUUGAUAUUUUUUGAGUGACCAAUUUGCAGUUUAGAACCAUGGAUAAUAUGAGACCUCAAAAAGGUGCAUCCCAUCCAUAUUCAGUUUAAAAGUAACGAUGUAAAAGAUCCCAUUUUCUGAAAUGCAAACAUCUUUAUGAA